AGAGUGGCUGUGACAGAUUCAUCACCAUUAUUCCAACCCCAUGCUAACCAUGUCUGCUCAAAUAUUAGCCUGGUGAGAAGAACGGUCUCCCUGUAGAGGUGGCGUUGAUGCUGAUGGUGUCCGAGCCACCUCGCUGCGAACGUGUCCUGGAGCUCCUGGAAUGGUUCGACAUGCCCGAGUGCUACGUCUUGAUCCUGGAGCGACCCGCCUGCUGCAUGGACCUCUUCGAAUACCGCAGGAACGGCUCACUUCCCGAACAUCUGGCUCAGGUCAUCAUGUGGCAGGUGGUUCUCGCCGCCCGUCAUUGCCGUGAUGGUGGCGUUCUCCAUCGGGAUAUCAAGGAGCAGAACCUUCUGGUCAGUUUCGACACGUUAGAGGUCAAGCUCAUAGACUUUGGCUGUGGGGACUUGCUCAAGUCGACACCCUACAGACGUUUUGCAGGCACCAUACUAUACGCCCCACCUGAAUGGAUCGAGGAAGGUAAGUAUCAUGGUUGCGCUGCAACGGUGUGGAGCCUGGGCGUCCUUUUGUUUGUUCUAGUGUGUGGAGAGCUGCCAUUCUGGAAUGAGAGGGAGAUCGCUGCUGGACACCUGAUCUUCAAAGCUGGUGUGUCUAUGGGUGAGCUUCUGCCUGGUGACAGCAUGGUGCGACUAGUGACAGAGCUACCGGUUUCCUCGGACUGCGCCGACGCGGGUCCGGAUCAUUCUCUUGUUUCCUAUAGGUGAGCUUCUGCCUGGUGUCAGCAUGGUGCGACUAGUGACAGAGCCACCUGUCCCCGGACAUCGCGACGGCCAGUUCGGGUUAUUCUCUAAUUUCCUCUAUGGAGAAGCUCCUGUCCUGCAAUGCCGGUCGCGACGGCCUCGCAAGCCGCGAUGGGGAUUCGCGACUCGGUUUCAUUUUCCUUUGUUAAAACGU